AAACGGCCGAGCAAGAUGUCGAGGCAAUGCUCUUACAGUGCCCGGUUGGAUGUAUGAAUUUUAUUUAAUAGCCUCCACGCUUGCUAUGCGCCCCACAAGACCAGGUAUCGCCACGAAAAAUUCUGGAACAUGACGUCCUCCGAGCAAUGGGGGACUUUCCUCCGACAAUGUUUGCUCCAUCGCAUCGAUGCCGCGGAGUUCAAGAACCUCACGCGGCUGCUAUUACAGCGAAGCCCCAUCACGGAAGCGCCGCUGCUAAAUGUGCUGCUCGAGACUCGAAUCGCGACAGGGAUAAAAUGGGAUCCGCUGCUCCCACUGUAUAUCGAUUGUCUUUGUAAGAUGGGGGUCGUUCAGACCUCCACCGUGCUGAACUCGCUACUGAAGUACUCAUCUAUCCAUGACAAGCCAUCGUCUCCGGGAUCGGAGGCGGUGCAGAGCAAACAGAAACGGACAUGUUAUACCCUGAUGACGGAUAUUCGAGUCGUCCAGGAUGCUAUGCUUUCCGUGUCCACGGGCAGUGCGCCCAAGACCUUUCUGGAAGCUAUUGGUAUAUUCCACUCGAUUGUCGACUGGAUUCAGGCCGUUGUGGCUUGGCAUAAUAGCCACAUGGAUGCAAGUCAUCAAACAGGGGGGCUUAUGUCUUCCCCUGAUGCCGUUUCAUUGUUCGAGUCGUUGGGGAUUUUGCUCGCUGCGUUGUCAGGGACUGCUAAGGGCCUACAGGUCCUUUCUGCUGACUCUCACGAAGCCUUGAAAAUCAAACUUGGUCAGGCUCUGUCGGCAUAUCUUCCCCUCUGCGUGGAAGUAUCGUUGCCCCUUCGCAACCGUCUGGAUGGCUUGCAGAAGGAGUUCAAUCUCUUCGGGGAGCCUCCAUCUAAAGCGUUGGAUGUUUCCAUGAUGGAAAAUGUCAAUGUUAAUGCGCUUCAGUUCGAGGACUCGGUCAUGGACGGGCCUAUGAUUAAUUCCAGAGCAGGUCUCUACGUUUAUAUAAACGCGAUGCUUGUGGGCCGCCCCCUGGUCGAUGAUAGCAUGCUGCUUAAUUUCCUUUCUAAUAGAUAUGGGGGACACUACCAAGUUCUCAUUGAAGAGAUCAUCACGGCUGCGUUUGAUGUCCUAUCGAAUGCGAGCUACCGCAGCGAGUCCAGCCGAUCAAUGUUUCUAUUCCGUUCAUUCCUCGUAAACAAACUCCCUGCCUUUAUCGCGGCCAUGUUGGCCGCCUCCAUGGUGUCGUUGCCGAUGGAGCUUUGUAUCAGCCAUGCUUUGAGCCGGCUUGAUCCGAACACAUUUCCCUCUUUCUCGCAAAUGUUUGCCAUGCAGAGCAAUACGGUUCUAUCGGAUGUGCGGCAGGAGUUCCUGUUUGCUUGUGCCUCGCAUAAGUUGAUCCCCGAGUCCAGCAUUGAGCGUCUGUUGGGCGAGAACCCGAUGCAGACUCUUCCUGUUGGGGGGCCGUAUAAUAAAGAUGAGCUUGUUUCGCAAAUCAAUGCCAAUCCGGAGCGUGCGGAGCAGUUGAUCAAUGAGAUUGAGUCUAUGGAGGGCAAUGCGGGUGCCAUCGUGGGUGCCAUUACAGAGGUCAUGCACCAUCUCUGCAAUCAAAAAGAGACCAUGACAUUGAAGAACAUCUGCAAUUCCUUGUCCCGCCGCACGCAGGCUCUAGAUGUGAUUCUACUUUUUCGGGGCGCAAAACAAAUACUGCAACCGCUUUGCGCUUUGCUAGAUGCCUGGCACUGGGACGAGGACCAGGGAGAGAGCCAACCAGUUUACGACGAGUUCGGAAGCAUUCUGUUGCUGGUGCUGACUUUCAAGUUCCGAUACGAUUUGCGACCGCAUGACAUGGGAAUCGGAGGCAACAAUUCCUUUGUCAUGCGACUGCUCGAGAAUGGCUUCUGCAGUCAGAAGCUUGAUGAUCUCAGCGAGAAGCAGAACAAGAAUCUCGGCGCGUGGAUCAACGCUCUGUUCGUGGCCGAAGGGAUCAGUGAGGAUUCCAUGUCGGCUUGCAGUCCGCAGGAAUUCUACCUCCUCGUAACCACGCUAUUCAACCAGAGUCUGGGGGCCUGUGAAGCGGGAAAGCUAGAAUUUGAAACGCUCAAGGGGGGCUUCGAAUACCUUCUGGAGCCUUUUCUCCUACCGUCGCUUAUCUUGGCCUUGAAUUGGUUGGGUAAUCACAUCUGGGAGACAGAAAGUGACCCGUCAAUCCCUCUCAAGACGCUCCAGUCGCUGGUGAGCCCCAGCUCGAUCUCCGGGGAAGCGAAAGAAAUCCACCGGACGGUUCUGAACAUCACCGCCCGCUCGCUAGAGGAGCAGCUGAAGAGCAUCCGAGCACGGCAGCCAGAAGAUGUCAAACCGAUUCUGGAUGCGCUCGAGCCGUGUCUGUCUUUUCAGCGCAGUGGCAGUUGUCACCGCACCGAGCUGGAGUCCUGGACCAGUCAUACCCCAGGGGGUUUGCUCGCCAGUAUCCGAAGCACCUUCCAGUCACUGGUGCUAUGGAGUACCAGCCCAGACAUGAGCAUGGCGCCCCAUUCAUACACGCACCGACAGCUCAUCGCCGGCAUCCAGAUCCAGGGGUCAGCGCGCGUCCUGACAACCCUCAUCGAGGAGCUCAAGCUACAGACUGAGUCAGGCAACGGCGACUUGGCCCUGGACGUUGCAGCGACGAUGAUCUGCGCACCACUCGCCGAGUCCUUCGCCGUGGACCAGAACAAUUACUCGCACCAUCCCAUUGACCCCAGUAAGGAGCCACUCCCACGGUGCCUCAUCCUCACCCUCCGCGGCGCUCUCUUCGUCCAGCACGAGAACGUCCCUAAAAUCUCCGAGAAAGACCCCUUACGUGCAGAGGUUAUCGUCCGGCUAUACCGACGGGUGAACGCGCUCAUGACACCUCCCUCUCAGGUCCCCAACCUGGACAUGAACAACAUCAUUCAAAACAUGCAACUGGGCGUCGACGGUCCCGGACAGAUGGACCUCGAGCCAUCCGGCCCCGGUGGACACGACGAGAACAUCAACCAGAUGCUGGAUAACGCGGCGGCCGCGGCGGCCGCGGGAAUGGACGGUAGCCAGAACAUGGGAGGUAUGGGUAACAUGGGACUCGAGUCCACGGGCGGAAUGGAUACGAGCAUUGAUGAUGUACUGAACGCGGCUGAUAUGGCGGUUGGGAAUCCUGAAUUCCUGGAUCUGGAUAUGGAGGGACUGUUCUAACCUCUGUCCUCUAUAUACUAUCAUGUAGAGAAUUCAUAAUCAUGAUAUCAUCAG